AUGUCGGCACCUUCCUCGAGCCAGCAGCAACGCAACUUUGACUUCACCUAUGGCAACGAGCGCGCCAGGGCCAUCGUUCGAACCCACAACGCACGGCUCACCGAGCGGGCCUUCGAGUACAUAGCGCAGCGGACAUCGUUGGAGCGAGCAGCACUUCGUAGUCUUCGGAGCACCUUCCCGGGCCUCAGUUCGGACGACCUCAUGCACAAGUGGAUUGAUCGGCUCACCGGGGCAUCGGCCACCGACGUGCCGGACCCCACAGGCGAUGUCAUCGAAGCCAAGGCAGUGGACACCAUGAAGCGCGCCGAGGUGUACCUGGACCUCCUCAAGCACGCCGAGGACAACAACCCAGCAGAAAACUGCCUCGAUUGCACGUUCUGCGGGGCAUGGUUUCCGCCUUACUGGUUGCUGGACAUAACCCCAGAAGCAACAGCAGAUUGGCGCAAUCAUUAUUACAGAUGCUGCUUCCAGUGCAUCAACGGGGACAACGACGACUACUACUGGUUCACCGGCACCGCGGUGAGCCCCAAUCGCACCAACUACAGACACCAGGACUGCGCGUCAGUGGCCAAUCAGGAUGCAGACUACGAGAAGUACCCCAAGCGCUGGGUCAUCGCCUUGGACGAGAACAACCAGCACCAGCGCAAGUUGUGCAUCGAGGCCAUGUGGUCGGACAACAAAUUCCGGUGGGUGCGCCAUGUCGUCAUACCCCGCACCAACAACCCCAAUCAGGCCACAACGUUGGAUGUGGACACCUUCUACAAGCUCUGCCAGAAAGUCAUCACCAUCAGACGCCGUGAAGCAGGGGAGCAACAUCGUCUGCGGAACACCUAUUGGACAGCUGCAUCCGAGCAAAUCCAUCAAGAACACCCGGGGCUCAACAAGGCAGAAGUUCGUGCACAGGUGCGGGCACGUAUCUUGGCCCUCGUUGACCGCUUCACCGUGGACAUCCUGAGCUCAACAGAAGGAGACCGCGCGCGCAUCAUGGCGGCGUUCCGACAGUGGGACGAGGACACCAUCAAGUCGGCCCUAGACCCGGAUUGGGAUCGCCAUGCCUUCUUCCAGCGCAUCGAGGCGGACAACCGCCUCACCGAGUGGGCCGUGGUGGACAACAAGCACUGGCUUCGGAAGAUAUCACCGCUCGCCCCCGUCAAGGACCAACAUGGACGGUACAACUGCCCGGAAAAGAAGGACGAGGAUCGCCUAUUGCAGCAGCUCAAGCUGGCAAUCCUCAACAUCCAGCAGGAGAUCACCGACCGCGACGACUUCAACCAAUUCAUCACGGAGGCCCUCAAGGACGUCGCGAACAAGAACCAGUACCCCGACAAGUUCUUUAGGGAGGAGUUCAACAGCCACGACACCGCGCGCAACUAUGGUCUCGUCGAGUACCUCAACGACCCGCCUUACUAUGACAUGACCAUGUACACCUAUGAAGCCGGAGUCACCCAGAUCCUGACACAGAAGGUUCGCGAUGACCUCACACACCUUGCUCUGAGACUGGUGGACCAGGGCGUCCGCAACAUCGACCAGAUGAACGGCCUCACCCCAGAGCAAGUCUUAGCUGUAGCGCCAGAACAACGAGACCUCGAGGCCUUCUGUCGAUUGCUGGGACGAUCCAUCCCCAAGCGCACCACAGAGAUCAGGACACGCGGACGCAGAGAUCUACCCGUGGUAACAUCGUCAACGAGGGGAUCCAUCAUCGGGGCAUUGGAGGCGGCGGCGCCAGCAGUACAACAGGAGGCGAUCCAGAACCUCGUGAGGGACCAGUAUGCCAACACCACCCGCAAUACGCGGGACUCGAGAUGGAACCUCUGGACUCGCCUGGCUACAUCAUGGAAAUUACCGCCUCUCCCGAUUACGGCAGAGCUCGUCCAGGCCAUCGCAUCCAGCCUCAAGCGAGGCAGGUGCCGUUCCUCGGCUCAAGUCUUCAGUAUGGCAAGACAGCAGCCCGGAUGCAGACUCUCCGCGGACAUCGAGCAGCAGAUCACCAUGUGCAUCAGGAGCAUCGAGCGGGGUCUAGGCCCAUCAACGCUCAAGGACGCAUUCAUUGUCGAGGACCUCGCAGCCACAACGGACAGCUCCACUACACCACCACCAGCGGAAGACCACUGGGCAGAGUACCUCUACGACUGCGUCCUCGUUACCCUCAUUUGCUGCUGGUGGAUGCUUCGGGGCAUCGAAGUGGCAGCAGCUUGGUUCUCCAACGUUUGGUUCGAGACCACCGCCUUUGGCAGGUUGGCGUUUUUCACGCUCCCCUGUCACAAAACAGACACAGUUGGUAUGUGUAUUACACGGUCGCACCCAUGCACAUGCUCCGACAACAUGGCGGCCCUCUGUCCAUACCAUGCUUUGGACACCUUCAUUCGGCGCAACCAUCGCCCGACCACCGACAGAAAUGACGAAUACCUCUUCUAUGGACGUCGAGGCGGACCCAUCACGCGCCUGGAGACCAUCGAAGUGUUCCGAAAGGCCAUCGCAAGCACCGGCGCCGAGCUCACCAGACCCGAGCCCCAGGGACAGCUUCUACAUCGCUUCAACGAACAU